UGGCCCGGACACACACACAGAGACAAUGGGGAACCUUGAGGGACACCUGCUUCCAGCGCUGUCCUUCUUCUUCUACUCACUCUACUACUCAGUGCGGGCAUCCUUGGCCUUGCUACGGGGACAGAAGUUUUUUAACCCUCUACCCCCAAGGGAGAAGCGAGGACACAGUUGGUGGAAGCAGGUACCUGUGGAAGGAAUGGUGAAGGUCGUUAUCAGCCUGACUGGCAUGAUAGCCGACUUCUUCUACCCCCCAGGAGUCAACCGGCUGAAGAUAAUAGACUGGGAGGACCCUCGGCGGCCAUUCUUGUUCCCAAAUAGCUGGCAGCAUGUCACCAUGUAUGGGUUCUUCCUGCUCAGUGGCGUGGUGGACAUUGUGAGCCAGUCGUGCCUGGCACGGCAGAGCAUGAAGCUGGAGCGAGCAGCCGAGGCCCUGGCCUGCUGUAUGCUGGCGCUGCUGAUGGCAGCCCACAUUGAGCACAAGGACAGCCUGGAGAUCCGCCUGCACGUUCUCUUCAUAGUGCCUGCCUUGCUGGUCGGCCUGGUGCUCCUCAUCGAGGUCUGGGUCCCUGACCAGCCCCCGCUCUGGCUGCUCAAGUCCUGGAUGGGGCUGGUGUUCAGCACCUGGCUGCUGCAGAUCUGCAUGGUGCUGUACGUUCCUCCCUCCGGGCAGCCCUGGAGGUCAGAAAACCCCGUGGACCUCGCCUUCCUCACCAUCUUCUUCUGCUGGCAUUUGAUUUUAGGGGCAGGCAUUCUGGCUGCUGUCUAUGGCAUCUGCAGCCUAUGGCAUCAUCACUGCUCCUCAUGGACAGAAGCUGCAGGUACCAAGUACCAGCCAUGCCCCACAGGCUACAGCAGCGAAGAGCUGGAGAAGCUCAGGGCAGGGGCCGAGCUGCAGGACCCGGGCGUCUAG